AUGGGUUGCAAACAAUGUAAACUUUUGUCAUCGAAGCAUCGAGUAAAUGAUUACAUUGAACAAAAUGUUUAUUCUAUCACCACACAGUCGACUACCAGUUCAUCCAACCGAACUAAUCGAUAUCAUCAAGAUAAACAUCAAUACGACACUAGUUUUACCACGAUUGGUUUUCCCAACUUACUGACAUUAGAUAAUCUACCUGUUGAAUUAAUUUAUUAUAUAUUCGAUCAAUUAGAUACAUUUACCAUUGUGACAUCAAUGCUCAAUGUUUGCCGACGUUUAAAUUCGAUUAUUAAUACGUACGAUCACUACCAUUUGGAUCUGCAGUCGAUUUCUAUGAAGUAUUUAUUUCGAAUUUGCUCAGUUAUCCGUCCGGAACAAGUGACAUCGUUGACAUUGUCAGAUGGUAAUGAAAAUGUUGGUUUAGUUGCAGUAUUUCUGAAAAAGUUUCAAUGGCAAUCAUUUAAACAACUUCGUUCGUUAAAACUUGUUAAUAUCGAUCAAAAUGAACAAAUAGCACAGAUUUUACUUUCAAUGACCAACGGACUCACACGUCUUUCGGUUGAAAACCCGAAUGAAUAUUACAGUGAGACUGUUAUGGAUAUUUUGAUGGCAAUCUUAAGCAAAGAAUCAUUGUCUAAAGUCUCGUUAGAUCUCGCACGAAACCGAAUAUUGAAUCCUUCGAUUGUUUGGCCAACGGAAUGUUUUCUGCGCGAAAUCAAAUUGACCGGUCUUUGUCAUAUCUCACUUUUUCGGAAUAUUCUCUGUUAUUCUGUAAAUUUAAAAAAGUUUCAAGCGUUCGAUAUCGAUUUAGAUGAUGAAUGGAUCGAUCAAACGGACGACGACGAUGAUGAAGACGACGAAGUCGCAGCGCGUCAAAUGCUUCCAUUAUCAAAUUCAUCGAAUCUAUUAUCAUUGUCGUUGGUGUACGCGAGAAAUGAAAUAGAAAAACUUGAGUGGUUAUUACCACAGUUCUCGCAAUUGAUUUCGUUUAAAUAUUUGAAUGUCUAUGAUCUACACAUCGAAUCAAUUUAUGAAAGUGAUUAUUCAUUGUUAAAUGGUGCGCGUUGGGAGAAAAUGUUAGUCAAUUGUCAAGAUUUUCAAUUCAUCUCUACAGUGCAUUUCGAUCAUAGUGCAGGUAAUGUUCAUCGUUAUAUCACCACUUUUCAAACACAAUUUUGGCAAGACAAAAACUGGAAUAUUGCUUUUGAACAGUAUAAUAAAACACUGUUAGUUUAUUCAGUGCCAUAUCCACACAGCUCAUAUUAUUAUGAUCGACCAGUGUUUGUUUCUAUUCCACACAAUCCAUUUCUUUCAAGUCAAUCAAUGCGAAAUGUCACUAAAUUACAAAUCAAUCUAACUGCCGUGAAUGACUUAGGAAAACAAAUCAUUGGUGCUGCUCGAUUUCCUCACGUGACACAACUUGUUCUUGAUGGGCAAUGGCGAAAUGCAAGCUUGUCUAGUUCGAUUCGAUCAUUAGUCGAUCCAUCGCGUAUUCAAAAAUUCAUUCGAUUCGAACGUGUUCCAACGGCUAUUUUCCAAACAUUUGUUUUUGAUCUAUCAAGUGUACAAACAUUAACACUGACCGCUUCGGUUCUCGAUAGUCUCAAUGCCGCUGUUUUUCAAUAUUCGCAAUGUUUACAUUCUUUAUACAUCGUGCAACUUCAUGAGAUAUAUCCACAUUUUGUUAACGUUGAACCGUUCUGUACAAUGUUUCCUCAAGUUCAACAUCUCGACAUUCCCGUGGAUAGUUUCGAUAGUUGUCAAUAUAUUAUCGAUCGAUUGGGACGAUUUCUAAUCAAUGUGGUUUUUCGUUUUCCACAUCGUGAACGUGAGGAAGCAGAUGAUAUCGAGGAUGAUGAUGAUGAUGGUGAUGACGAGGCCGACGACAACAACGGCGAUGAGGAUAAAAAUACCGAACUUGUCGAAUGGGCACAAAAUGUACGACAAAAUCAUCAGUAUCGUAUUCGCGAUCGGAAUAUGUAUUUGUGGCUCCAAUAG